AUAUCUCAGAAUGAUGCUCCGCCUGUUAGUUGUCUGCCUGUGUUUCGUGGCCGCUGCCCGCUCCAUUACAGCCCCCGCUCAGUGCGCACACGUGACGGAUGCCGAAUUCACGUGCGACUACUCGGAAAUGGACGCCGGAGAGCACCCAAUAGAUUUCACCGCCUUCGAUCCCAAGCCUCAACAGUUGCACGUCACCGUCAACGGCAUUGUUCCAUACAUAGGCGACACUCAGAUGUUCUCCUCGACCUUCAGCGGCAUUGACACGGCGACAUUUGAUUCUAACGACCCCGCGUCCCUGACCCUGGACUGUGGAUGGAACGAGGACAUCUUCCUGAAUUCUGGAGCCUUCGCCUAUAUGAGUCACGUCCAGCAUUUCUCGAUCCGUAACUGCGGGCUGUAUAACAUUCCCAGCGAGGCAUUCAAAGAGUUGGGAAACCUGGACUACUUCAAAAUAGAAAACGGAAAAAUUGACGAAGUCAACGUCAACGCCUGGGUGAAUCUUAACGUCGAGCGUCUGACGUCAGAUAGUCACGCAAUACCCAGGAAUCUCGGGAAGUUCGAGAUUUCUUACACGAGACUUUCCACUACUACGUUACCCACUGGUCUGCUAUACAACAUGAAGAAUCUUACGGAGGCUGUUCUCAGAGGUCUUAAUUUGGAAACACUCACCAGCGAUAUCUUCAAAUACAACACAAAGAUCAAGUACAUUGACGUAAGCGACAAUCUGUUCACGUCAUUCCCGGAAGAUAUAUUUGAACUUCUCGAUUCUCUUGCGGAGGUGCACGUGGCAAACGUCCCUUGGGGUUGCACGUGCGAAAACACGUGGUUUGUCCCCUACGGUAUUGAAAAGAACAUCAGUUUCCAUGGCGACCUUAGAUGCAGCUCUGGAGACGGUGUAUUCAAGUAUUACUACGACAACUGCGUCUCCAAGGAAACAUGUUCAGGAAUCGCCAUGGGAAGUCAGUGCGUCACCGUUCUAGCGAUCAUAGUACUUCUUAUCGCCCUUGCCUCUGCCGUCGUGUCGACAAUCGCCCUGGUUUUGAUAGCGAUUUUGAAGAAAACUCAUGACGCGGCAGACCAGAAGAAGCGAGCGGCAAUUGGUAGAUGGAACCAGGUGAUCAACUCGACGCUUGCAUGGAAACGACCAAAAGUGUAA